AUGCCAGAAGUCAAGUCAUUCGAAGUAUCGGAACCAUUGAAAGCAGCCCUAAAAGGGUUUGCUCUGGCUAACCCGCAAUUGACGUUCGUGGAGCACGAAAAUGUGUUUAUCCGCGAAACGAACGCCAAGAAAAUCAGUCUUAUUGCUGGCGGCGGCUGUGGCCACGAACCUACACAUGCGGGUUACGUUGGACACGGACUUUUGGGCGCUGCCGUGUGUGGUGACAUCUUUGCAAGUCCCUCUACAAAGCAGAUAUUGAAUGGACUCAAACUGUUGAGCAAACAGUCUAGCGGCGUGCUCUUGGUAGUCAAGAACUACACGGGUGACGUGCUACAUUUCGGACUGGCUGCAGAACGUGCCAGAGCCCUGGGAAUCAACUGCAAAGUGGUCGUCGUCGGCGAUGACGUGGCCGUGGGUAGAGCCAAAGGUGGCCUGGUGGGUCGUAGAGCGUUGGCAGGAACUGUCUUGGUCCACAAGAUUGCUGGUGCCUUUGCUGAGUCCUAUUCGGACAAGCAUGGACUCGAUGGAACGGCCCGUGUGGCAGAGGUGGUAACUGAAAACCUGGUGACCAUCGGGGCCUCAUUGGAUCACUGCAAAGUUCCGGGUCGCAAAUUCGAAACCGAGCUCAAUGAAAACAAAAUGGAGCUUGGUAUGGGUAUCCACAACGAGCCGGGUGUCAAGGUGCUGGAGCCAGUCCCCAGCACCGACGACUUGAUCCGUAAAGACAUGUUGCCAAAGCUUCUCGACCCUCACGACAAGGACAGACAUUUUGUCGAGUUCAGCAAGGAAGACGAGGUCGUGUUGUUGAUCAACAAUCUCGGGGCUAUCUCGAACUUUGUGAUCUCCGCAAUCGCAGCGAAGACCGCAGAAUUUUUGGAAAAAGAUUACGGUAUCAAACCGGUACAAACCAUCACAGGCACUUUGAUGACUUCUUUUGACAUGGAAGGUUUCAGUAUUACGCUGCUGAACGUUUCGAAGGCAUCGAAAGUCGUGCACAAGGAAUUCCCAGAAGUCAAGAGCAUUUUGGAGCUUUUGAGAGCCCCAACCGAUGCACCAGGCUGGCCCAACAUCUCUCAUGAUGACGAAAAGGCACCUAAGAUAGAUCAUUCGCUACUUAAGGAUGAAAUUAAAGUGAAACCUGCUGGAAAAUUCGAUUUCGACCAUUUUGCCAAGAUGAUGAAAUCUGGUGCCGACCAACUCAUCAAAAGUGAACCCCACAUCACGAAACUGGACACAAAAGUUGGCGAUGGUGACUGUGGCUACACAUUGGUUGCCGGUGCCAAGGGUAUCACGGAAAACUUGGAUGGCCUCGACAAGACAUACCUAUCGCAGGCCCUGGCCCAAAUUUCUGACCACAUUGAAAGUUCAAUGGGCGGUACCUCGGGUGGACUGUACUCGAUUAUGAUUUCGGGACUGUCCCACGGGUUGAUUCAAGUAUCUGACAAACCCGAAGAGCCUGUUACUCCCGAAAAGCUCGGUAAGGCAAUGGAAAUCGCUCUAGACACUUUGUACAAAUACACCAAGGCCAGACCAGGUGCUUCUACGCUUGUAGACGCCCUUGAGCCAUUUGUCAAAGAGUUUGCCUCCUCGGGCGAUCUUGCCAAAGCCAUCGAGGCUGCGGAUAAGGGUGCCCAAUCCACGGGUUCGAUUGAAGCCAAAUUUGGCAGAGCUUCGUACGUGAGUGAUUCGAGUGCGAUCCCAGACCCUGGUGCCAUUGGGUUUGUGGAAUUUUUACAAGGUGUCAAAAACGGCUUGUAA